AUGUCUAGACGCAAGCCUUUAUUCACAGAUUCCAGUUCUUCCGAUGAAAAUGAUAAUAUAAACAGGAAACCAAUAAGACGAUUAAGCUCAUCAGACAGUUCUUCAUCAUCUGAUGAAUCAAGUUUAAGAAAACCUAAAAACUCAGGCAAACGAUCAACAAAUAAGCAAGAUAGCAGUGAUUUUGAAUCUAAAUCAUCAAAAUCACAAAAUAAACCAUCAAAUAGCAAAAAACGGACAAUCCAAUUUUCAAGUUCUUCAGAUGAUAGCGAACCUGUUUUACCUAAACAAAAACCACAGCCAUCCAAACUACCUACUCUUUCAGAUUCAUCAGAUUCAGAAAGUUUUCCUCAAAAGAAGAAAGGAUCAAGAAUUCUUCAGAGCUCAAGCGACGAACCGUAUAGCUCAUCUAGUAGUGAAUCUGAAAGACAAGCCCCUCCUCCAUUCAAACCUCAAAGAUUACCACCUCCAAGUUCUGAUUCUUCUUCAGAUGAGAUUCCAGAAAGAUCUCCCAAGCUGAAACCAUACAGACCAUCAUCAAUAGUAAGUUCUGACUCCUUAUCAAGUACUCCUCCACCAUCUAAAAAACAAUCUGCAAGAAAACAGGAAUCUUCCUCUUCUCCGCAGCGAUCUCCAUCUACAAAGGAUUAUUCAGAUGAACAAGAAUCAUCUACUUCAUAUGUUCAUUCUGAAUCUGACUCUGACUCUGAAUCUUCUGAGCAAACAAGUUCAAGUUCUUCAACUCCACCUCCAAAUAAGAAACCAGCAAAUAACUCUGAUUCUGACUCAGAUACAUCAUCUUCUAUUCCACCAAGAAUGAGAUCCAAACUAUCAUCAGAUGAUAGCUCUUGGAGUGAUGGCCUAAAGAACAUGAAGAAAGCCAAAGAAGAACAAGAACUUAAACUCAAACUCGAACAAGAAGAAAAAGAAAAGAAAGAAAGAGAAGAAAGAGAAAAGAGAGAGCAAGAAGAAAAGCUAAAGAGAGAAAAGGAAGAAAGAGAAAGAAAAGAAAAAGAGGAGAGAGAAAAGAAAGAAAGGGAAGAAAAAGAGAGACAAGAAAGAGAACAAGAAAAGAAACCUAAGAGUAAGAAACAUAAGAAAUCAUCAUCAUCUUCGUCAUCUUCUUCUGAUAGUGAGGAAACAUCAGUGAUGAAGAGAAAAGAAGUAUCUACUGCUCCAGAAGAUUCAGACAGUAAAAUACAAAUUCCGAAGAAAGAAAGCAGUACAAGUAGUCCUUCAAUGAUCAAAACUGCUUAUUCAACACCACCAAGACCGACAAUACUAAGAAGACAUCACACAACACCAUUGUCAUUCCUUCCAGAAAAGGAAUUGUCUCCAGCAAGAAAAACAAGAAAAGAACCAAAAGUUCAAUACGAAGAUUUCAAUCCUUUCUCUUUCUUAACUCCAGAAUUACCACCAGCUGAAAGUGAGGAUGAAUCAAUCUCUGUCGCAUUCAAGCCACAAGUUGUAGAAUAUAAAGAUCCGAAGUAUGAUCCAGUAAAUCCUGAAAAACCUCCACAUCAUAAGGCUGAUUUGAGUAAAAUUGAUGAAAGUAAGUUGGAUUCAGAUGAUGGUGUUAUUAAUAUUCCAAAGAAUAAGAGAAAGAGAAUCAUUAAAGCUAAAGAAUUGGAAUGGACGUUCGAUCUUCCAAUUAUUAAACAACCUCCAGUGAAAAAGAUUGUCGAAGAGCUUACAAAGCAAUACUCAAUACGUCCUUUAUCAGGAUCUCUUGCUAGGAACUAUUAA